UCCUCAUUCUCCCUCUCUCGUUCUCUCCUUGUUUGCCUCUCCUCCUCUCACCGCCACCCCUCUGCUCUCUCUUCUCUCUCCCUGUUCCCCUCCUUCGGACGGACACGCAGGCCUGCUCGAGCAACACUGCAGCAGAGGACGCACCAGGAAGGAUAGCAGCAGCAUCAGCAUCAGCAGCAUCAGCAGCAUCAGCAUCAGCAGAAUCAUCAUCAGCAGCAGCAGCAGCAGGCGGACUGAUUUUCCAUCCACUCCCCUUGGCCUCGUAUAUCUUCUUCAUCACCAAUUCCUGCUUUUAUAUCCUCUGCAUCUUUUUCACCUUUUUCCUUUUCCCUCAAAAACCCCCUCAUCUUUCUCCCUCCCCAUUCCUCCAUCUCCUCUUCACGCCUCUCUCUAUCCUUCCGGCCUGGCUGUGGUUUCCCAGAAUGCCUUGUUCCAGGCCGCUUCGCUAGGCCCUAGCAGCAUGGGCGGAGCCUGGGUGGGGAGAGAGAGUACGGUUUGGACCCUUCCCCUCAGGACGGGCGCGCUGGCGGGUCACCCUCCCUCGGCUUCAGAUGGGCGAGGACACUGAGAGCUCCAAAAUCAACCACACCUUCCUGCGAGACUACGUCACUGAAGCUGAUGUCAUCUCUACAGUGGAGUUUAACCAGACAGGGGACCUGCUGGCCACGGGGGAUAAAGGUGGCCGAGUGGUCAUCUUCCAGAGAGAGACAGAGUCUAAAGGGGAGACAGAGGAGGCAGGGGACACAGGGGACUCCGGGGAGUACAACGUCUACAGCACGUUCCAGAGCCAUGAGCCGGACUUUGAUUACCUGAAGAGUCUGGAGAUUGAGGAGAAGAUCAACAAGAUCAGAUGGCUGCCGCAGCAGAACGCUGCACAUUUCCUCCUCUCCACCAAUGAUAAGACCAUUAAACUGUGGAAGGUGAGUGAGAGAGACAAGAGACCAGAGGGAUACAACCUGAAAGAUGAGGAGGGACGGCUGAAGGACAUCUCUACCAUCACCUCUCUGCAGGUGCCAGUGCUCAAACCCACAGAUCUGAUGGUAGAGGUCCGCCCCAGACGAGUGUUCGCCAAUGGACAUACUUACCACGUCAACUCAAUCUCAGUCAACAGUGACGGGGAGACGUACCUGUCUGCAGACGACCUCCGCAUCAACAUGUGGCACCUGGGCAUCACGGACCGCAGCUUCAAUAUUGUGGACAUCAAACCAGCCAACAUGGAGGAUCUGACCGAGGUGAUAACAGCCGCAGAGUUCCACCCUCACCACUGCCACUUGUUCGUGUACAGCAGCAGCAAGGGCACACUGCGCCUCUGUGACAUGAGAUCGUCUGCACUCUGUGACAAACACACCAAACAGUUUGAGGAACCUGAGGAUCCAGGGAGCCGGUCCUUCUUCUCAGAGAUCAUUUCUUCUGUGUCGGACGUCAAGUUCAGCCACAACGGACGCUAUCUGCUGACCAGAGACUACCUCACCGCCAAGGUGUGGGACCUGAACAUGGACAAGGGCCCAGUGGAGACGUACCAGGUCCACGAAUACCUAAGGAGUAAGCUGUGUUCCCUCUAUGAAAACGACUGCAUCUUCGACAAGUUUGAGUGUGUGUGGAACAGCUCAGACAGCGUGAUCAUGACAGGGGCGUACAACAGCUUCUUCCGGAUGUUCGACCGGGAAACGGGCCGAGGCGUAACCCUGGAGGCGUGGCGGGAAAGCAGCAAGCCUCGGGCCGUUCUGCGGACGCGGCGCGUUUACACCGGUGGUAGGCGGCGGCGUGGUGAUGUGGGCGUCGAUAGUCUGGACUUCACAAAGAAAAUCCUGCACAUGGCUUGGCACCCCUCCGAGAACAUCAUCGCCAUAGCAGCCACCAACAACCUGUAUAUCUUCCAGGAUCGCGUCAACCCGGAGACGCAGUGACGGGAGAUGGGAGCGUGGACAGAAUCAUUAACAGUGACUCAAAGAUAUUUGGAGGGCGUAGAGAAGGUGUGGGGGGUGGACAGCCAUAACGAAAAGAUUAAGUCUAAGCCAAGCUGUUUCACAACACACUGAGAUGCCACAUCUGUUUGUGCUGAUAAAAGAUGAGUUAUAAAAUGACAAGAGUCUCGAUUUAUGGGAUCUACAAUGAUGGUGUAUUAUAGGUUUUUUUUCCAACACUGAGAUGGACUAAUGUCUCCAGGACGUGUUUUUGGUCCCACUCCACUCCCACUUUUUGAAGAUGUUUCUGUAGCUGCUCCACUGUAGGGGCAGGAGAAGAGGUGCAGGGACACCUCUCCAUCUGCUGUUGACCACACAGUGUUGCACACCUCACUGAUGUGCCCUGGUACUGUUUGACACACAACUGAAGAUAUGUGCUGGGUAGCAGCAAACACCAAACAAUGCUGCGUAACCUGAAGGUCUCGCAAUGAUUUGACUUUGCUAGAUUUGUGCGUCUGCUGAAAGAUUAGCAGUGUAGCGUUAUUGUACAGCUCUUCACAACCACAUCCGGCACCAUUUUUUUUUUCUAUCGAAUGACAGCAGCAGCCGAACCUCUCCUUCAGAGCAGUGCUCUUGGAGAUUGCACGCUUAUCCAACCCCUUAAUAUUUGCCCUAUUCACUUUGCAAUAAUAGCACUAACAAACACACAGUGCAGAAGUAUUCCUGCUUUAAAACAUCUUCUUCUACAGGUAACACAAAUGUACACACUCUUUUUACUGUUCGCUGUAAAUAUUCUGUUCCUUUUUUUAAAAGGCAGCACCAACUUUGGUUCCAGUGAGCUAAAAAGGUAAAAGGAUGCACUUUGUCCAGAAAACUGCAAACAAUCCUGAGAUCUAAUUUAUAGAAAAGUCGUGGAAUCUCUCGACUCAGACGUCAAGACUUAAUGUUGGAGUUUAUAGCUUGUAGCAGUACAUGAAUACGCAGGUAUUGCUGGUUAGAGAGGGAGGGAUUAGUGCACAAAUCAACACUUACUGUUUUAUUGUGUAUAUUAAGCCUGCAAUGAGUUUUGAUUGCUGUAUCAAGGUCUCUAAAUGAUUUCAAAUGAGAGAGACAACGUGUCACAUAUGCUCAAAUUGAGGCUGAUUGGUGAUAAAACUAAAAUAGAUUCAUGUUAAAUUAUGAUAAUUCAAAAUGAGCAUAUUCCUCAUUUUAUAAUGCAUAAGCACAUUUCGGCGAGGGCUCUCACAAUCAAGACAGAGUUGGAAUCUAAGCACACGAAUGAGGCCGCUGAUUCAGCCAAUCAAAGUCAUGAUGAGUUUGUGUCAAGGUCAGAGGUUAUCAUCAGUACAAUUAUGUUCAUCGCUGAGAUGUCUUCACCUUUAAAACAAAAUAGGCUAUCAUGUGAAUUUAUCAUUAUCACAGGUUCAUGUUGUCAUCAUGCCUCCCACACAAGGCACGGAGAUGUACAGUGGUGAGAUGGCGUCUGUGUUGAAUAAUGGGUGCUGGUCAAGGUUUGAGUGUUUACAAUUAAGUGCGUUGUUUUCAAGUGGCCUUGAUGGGAUUAUUGUAAAUGGUCUGGAUGUGUCCUAUAGGAGGUAAAAAGAGUAAAAGAAUCAGUGCGGAGGUAGAAAGUCUUGUUAACCUGACGAUGACUCUGUCUGAUGGAUAAACAACAGUUUACUGUGUUAACUUUAAACUCAAGAAAAGAAGAAAAGAUUCUAAUCAUGUCUGCUUCACAUGUCUGUUUUCUUCUCCCAAAUUUUUUUGAUUUCAAAAAUACUGUUCAAAGUCAACUAUUUUUCAACCUGGGCCCUAAACUUCUUGAAACAGCUCAGUAAAUGGCUACAAUGUAAUGUUAUGGGGCAACUGCGACAGUUCCUAAAAUUUCCAGUAGAAGUGCUUAUUUUCACCAAUUAAGGGCUCAAAUUGUUAUUCUGGAUAUUUGCUUAGAGUCUGGCAACAUUACAAGUGUCACUCAAUGAGAAAUCUCACUCUCAAGUCUCCUGAGUGAUGGAGGAGAGAGUGAGACUUGGAGCUGGAGAGAGGAGUUAUCCUAUUCAUCCUUAUGAUGUGACCUAUGAUGAUGGAUCAUUUAGCCAUCCAUACUUGUUUGAGCCGAAGUAAACAGACGAGGAGUUAACAAGGAGAGAGGCAACAUUCAGUGGAUGGUCAACUAGCUGCUAUGUGGUUGGGAGUGAGAUUUUUCAAUGCUGUAAUGUUUCCAGACACUUAGUAAAGACCCAGGAUACCAUUUCUAGCCCUUUAUUGACAAAAAUCUUGAAAAAAAAGGAAUUUUAGUGGUUAUUUCAUGGACUGUCAAAGUUGCCCCGUUAGAUUAUAAUAUCACCGCUGCUGCCAUGUUGCAGCUGCCAGAGGAGACGAUCUACUGGACUGUUUCCAGAGGUUUUUGUAUGUACCGCUCAUUUACACACCCAAAUUAAUAACCAUAAGUUAAAAAAUUCCAGAGUCCCUCUUUAAGUUACAGCCUGUGGGUUAGGGAUGUUUUCUUGCAGACAACCAUAACGUUUUGGUUUUCACUGUUCAUUAGUGUUGUUGAAUGCAGACACAGUGUUUAACCGAUUGGUUGAACAAAAGGUUCAACACACCAAUUCCAUGAUGAUGACAACCCACAAAAAGAUUUACAAAAUAUAACCUCAUAUAAGUUCCAGGAUUCAAUCCUCCAGUGGUGAGAUGUAGUUUAGAGCAAGUCAGUUAUAAUGGCAUCAUAACCACCACCUCAGACAACCAGUGAGAGGAUCUGUGUGUUCAGGAGCACAUCAGCAGCAGCAGCAUGUUGCCAUUACUCAAUGCUACUAGCCUGUAUAUCUAUCAUACUUUAAAAAAAGACAAAUCUAACAAUACAAAAGCAAAUGAGAUGAAUGGAAAGAAUGUGCAUUAAUAAAAUAACUGAA